AUGACCAACACAGCAUGUGCCAGUACCUCACGGUAUGAAAAGGAACAAGAUGCUGCUUCUGGACCUGAAGACCAGCCGCCGGCGGACAGCUCCGGUGCAGCGAGAAGCCGGGGUAGGGGCCGAGACCGCCACCGUGGUGGGACUUUGGCCACCUGCCACCGCCCCGGUGGGGGACCCGCCAACCCGCGCCUCACGGCAGCCCCCCGCGGGGCGGGGACAGCAGCCAGGCCCCGGCGCUACGGGGGCUCCUUCCCCGCGUCCCCGUCCCCAGCCGGCUCCGGGCCGGUCCCGGCCCCGCGGCGGGUUCAGCCGCUCGCAGCGGGAGGGACACCCCCCCGCCACCGGACAGGGAGGACGCCAUUGGGGACAGCCCAGCCGGGGAGGCGUUUCCAUGACAACCCGCUUCCCGCCCCGGGGGACCGGCACCCGCCCUCGCCGCUGGGGGGCGACGAUCCCCGUACCGCCCCCCCCCCUCCUUCCGACCGGGGCCCGCCCGCCCGCCUCACGGCCCCCGUCGGGAGGAUACAGCUUGAAGCCCCGGAGGAUCUCCUUGGCCCGCUCGUCCGUGGCCGACAUGGUCCUGCCGCGCCGCGGGCGGACGGGGCUGGGCCGGGCUGGCCUGGCUGCGCGGGCCUGGGCGGGAAGGCGGCGGUGACAGCAGCGCCUCAGGACCCCCCACCCCUCCCCCCUCACUCCCUCGCACCCGCCACUGCCCGGCGCAACCAACCCGAGCGGCCUCCCGCCGCACCGCCCCCCGGCCCGCCGCACCGCCCAAUCAUUCUCUCCCGUCGCCUCGCCGGCCCGCCUCCUGGCGCAGGAAGGACGGCGCGGCUGUCCAAUCACAUGGCGCGCCCUCGCGCCCGCCCCCCUCCCUCAUUCAAGGGCGGCUGCGCAGCGGUCGUUAAGGCGUACGCCCCGGCCGAGCCUGACGUCGCCGGCGGACGGGAGUUGCCGCAGGACAAACCUCUCCCGGCCGCGCCGCGCCGCCGUUGUGUGUCAGUUUCUGAGCUGCCAUUGCAGGUGAGAAGACACCUCCAGCCUGCUUCCUGCUUUCCCAGAAGCUGUUCUCUCAAGGUGCGGAUAAAUGAGCUGGUGUUUCUGUGGAUCAGCAUAAUUGGGAGAUGGUUUCAUGAGCUGGGGCAUCAUGCCACCCCACACUUGAUGGAAGGGGUUGUACAGCUGCGUAUCUGCAACCACCCAGACAUGCACAUGACUCCUCACCUGGCCAAGGUGCAAGAUGAGAUUCCAGCAAGAAGCUCAGUCUGUGGAUCCUGGGAAGUGCGGAGAGUUCGACAGCUUCUUCAGCAGGGCCUGGGGGCUCCCAUCACCCUGUGCUCUGGAGACAUGUUCUGGCAGCUGCAGGUGUCAGAAGCCUGGAAGGAGACAGGAUAAGUGGAUGAACCACGAUGAAAGCACACACAGGAACUGCAUCCAGGACUGUGUUAGCAUGUACACAGCCUACCUUACCCCUAGAGCUACUGGCCAUUUGGUCAUGUGCAGAUGCACCUGCUCCUGCUUUAACAUGGCCAUGGUGCCAACAGUUAAUUUUGUUUUGCUUUCAGUUGUUGGGAAGUAAUAUUAUUACAGACACUUUAGGAACCAGAUCCUAAUCCUGGUGGCUAAAUCUAGCCUAAUGUAUGAUUUCUGAAUAUAAUGUGUGUUAUGUGGGUUAUUGGUAAGGUCCUAUGUUGUCCUAAUGUCCCUCUUUUCACAAAAGUUUUAGAUUUAAACCACCUUAUUUAUGAAAGAUAAGGAAAAAGGUAAGAAAUACAAAAGUA